AUGAAUUCUUUUUUCGUUUUUUCUCUGAUUCUCCUGAUUUUUGGAUCCUCUUGUGAUCAAGUUCAUGAAAUCGCUAAUGAGAUUUCAUUGUUGUUGGAAGCGAUCAAAUUGAAGGAUGAUGUGGUCGUUGGAGAGAUGUUUGAAAUGGUUGAAGGUAAGCGAGUAGCUAGGUUUCUGUGGACUAGCUUUCUUGGCUUUCUAGGUCAUCACUGUUUCCAAAUGAGUUUUCUAGGCCACCCAGUCGACCGUAUUCAGGGGGGGGGGGGGGGGGAUCAAGCAAUCGGAGGAACGGAGAAAGUCCAGAAGCACUAUGAAGGUUCGAAAUUGGAGAGCUUUGUGAAUGAAAAUGCUGCCAAACUCUACGAGAAAAUUCAAGAAAACGGGAAAGUAUUAAAGGAGAAAAUUGGAGAAUACGCGGAGAAAGUCCAAAAGCACUACGAAGGUUCGAAAUUGGAGAGCUUUGUGAAUGAAAUUGCUGCUAAACUCUACGAGAAAAGUCAAGACAACGGGAAAACAUUGAAGGAAAAAAUUGGAGACCGCUGGAAUAUGGUUUCCGGUGGAACCGUUGGAGCCGCCCGUAACGCUGCCAACUAUGUCGUUCAAGUUGGUGGAAGAUCUUCAAAUAUCUUGAACAUCUUUGAUAAGAAUUAUAUAAGUUCUCUUGGAAACCCAAAAUGGUAUGUGAGAAUCGACAUGCCUCAUGGAUACGUUCCAUAUUAUCAUAUCAACGUAAAUCCGGCAAUCACUGGACUCCCGGAUCCCCAUAUCCAAAUUUCCGGAGUCACUGCACAUGCUGCAGGACUUACUGGCAGAGCACUGCAUGUUGUUAACAAAGUGGCCCCUGUGGCAAUGGCUGUAUCGGUUGCUGUGGACGCGUUAGAUGUUGCAAAUGAUUUGAUGAAAGGACAUACAACACAAGCAAAGAAGAAGGUGGUCAGCAUUGUGGCAACCAAUACUGGAGGGUACUGUGGAGCCAGUGCAGGCGCUGUUGUCGGAACGAUGUUCUUCCCGGGAGUCGGCACAUUGGUCGGUGGAAUCGUUGGGGGAGUUUUUGGUGGGGUCGGAGGAGGAAUCGCAGGAGAUAUCGCGAACAAAGUCAUGCAGUCAUGA